AUGCCCCCUAAGAAGAAGGUAGAAGAAUCCAAGGAGAUCCUCCUCGGCCGGCCAGGGAACAACCUGAAGAUUGGUAUCGUUGGUCUGCCCAACGUCGGAAAAUCCUCCUUCUUCAAUACUCUCUCCAAAUCCGACCUUGGCAAAGCUGCCAACUUCCCAUAUGCCACCAUUGAUCCCGAAGAGGCCCGUAUCCCCGUUCCCGACGAGCGCUUCGACUGGCUCUGCGAGCUCUACAAGCCCAAAUCUCAGGUCCCCGCCUUCCUCACCUGUAUCGAUAUCGCCGGUCUGACCGCUGGUGCUUCCACCGGUGCCGGUCUCGGUAACGCCUUCUUGUCACACGUCCGCGCCGUCGACGGUAUCUUCCAGGUCGUCCGUGCGUUCGAUGACGCCGAGGUCAUCCACGUCGAGGGUGAUGUUGACCCGUUGCGGGACAUGCAGAUCAUCAGUACCGAGUUGAGGCUGAAGGAUAUCGAGUGGGUGGAGAAGGCGCUUGAGGGACACAAGAAGGAGGCGAAGCGAUUGGGGAACAACAGUUUGGCGGACAAGGCCAAGAAGGAGGAGGCCGCUACCGUAGAAAAGCUGUACAACUGGCUCACCGUCGAGGACAAGGAUAUCAGGAAGGGAACAUGGACCAACAAGGAGGUUGAAGUCAUCAACUCCCUUACCCUCCUUACCGCCAAACCCAUCACCUACCUCGUCAACCUCUCCACCGACAACUUUGUCAAGCGGAAGAGCAAGUGGUUGAAGAAGAUCCACGACUGGGUCCAGACCAACAACCCCGGAGACCCCAUCAUCCCCUUCUCGGUCUCUUUGGAGGAGACGCUGGUCGCUAUGAGCGAGGAGGAGAAGGCUGCAGAGGGAGAGAAGCUCGGCCUGCCAAAGGGCAACCCCAGUGCUCUUGGUAAGAUCACCAAGGCCGGGUACUCCAGUCUUCACUUGAUCCGAUACUUCACCUGCGGACCAGAUGAGGUUCGGGCGUGGACGUUGAGGGAUGGGUUGAAGGCGCCUCAGGCUGCCGGUGUCAUCCACUCCGACUUCGAGCAGAAAUUCGUGUGUGGAGAAAUCAUGUCGUUUGAGGAUCUCAAGGAGCACGGGACAGAAGCAGCAGUGAAGGCUGCCGGUGCACAAAGACAACAGGGAAAGACGUAUCUCAUGAAGGAUGGGGAUAUUGCAUACUGGAAGUGCGGACAAUAG